AUGUCUACUACUUUCCGAAACGUUCUAUCCAAGAAUAAUGGACCCAUUCGCAUUUGUGAGGUCCAUGAUCGUGCCUCAACUGAGCUCGUCCGAGAUUCAGUUGCCAACAACGGUCAAGCCUUUGAUGGCGUCUGGAUCAGCGGACUUACUCAGACGACCAUUCUGGGGCUCCCUGACACUGAGCUCAUCUCGCCAUUGUCGCGUGCAAUGCUGGCUACCCCCGUUCAUAAGCCACUUCAGGACAAUGGGCGACCCCUUUGCGCAGCCUUUGAUGCUGACAGUGGAGGCGAUAUCAAGGAUAUCCCCGCCCUUGUGUCAGUUCUGGCACUCAAAGGCGUAUCUAUGAUCAUCAUUGAAGACAAGGCGGUGGGGAAUCCGGGAGAGAAGGUUAACUCUCUUCUUGCCACGUCUGGCCAGCAGGGCCAAGCCGAUCCUGAUGACUUUGCCAAGGUUAUUUGUGCUUUCAAGGAAGCAUCUCAAGACAAGGAUGUCAUGGUCACGGCCCGCAUCGAGAGCUUCACUACUCGCAUCGCCAGCAAGGAGACUGAGCAGGAGAAAAAGUCAGUCGACGCUGCACUUUCUGAUGCCCUUGAGCGAGCUAGCAUCUAUUGCCAAGCCGGGGCCGACGGAAUCAUGAUCCACAGUAAGAGCAAGGAACCCAACGAGAUUCUGAGUUUCCUGCGGAGCUUCCGUCAGAACGAUAAAGCAACGCCCCUUGUCGUUGUUCCUACAGCUUAUUCCGAGACUCAUCGUAGCGUCCUGACUGAUGCCGGCGCUAAUGUCUUUAUCUACGCGAAUCAUUUGGUCCGGGCAAAGAUCAGCGCAGCGACGGUGACCCUGGAAGAGGAACAUAGUAAGCAGUUGAACUUGUUCGACAACGACCAUGAUCUUGGUCCCUCACGCAAAGCACGCAAUUAUGCAUGUCUGUUGCGGAAGUUGGCAGAGCAGCGUUAUCUGGGAGAGCAUAACGGGAGUAGCGAGGUACAUCGUUGUGGACUCGAGGCCGAGAAAAAUGCGUUGGAGAACAUCCGAGCUACUAUAAUGGAUCUUGCUGGCGGAGAGUUGAGCGGUUGCGAAGCCGACCAUCGCAUUAUCCCAGUCAAGGAACUGCUUCAUAUCAAUGCCAAGCAGGUCUCUCCUCUCUGA